AUGGCCGAGGAGCAGCAGGCGAGGGCUUGCCUGGGAGGGCUGCUCACCACGGCCACGUCCAUUGCCAUCUGGGUGGUGUGGAUCGUCAUGUACACCUACGGCAACGAACAGCACAGCAGCCCCACCUGGGAUGACCCCACGCUGGCCAUCGCCCUCGCCGCCAACGCCUGGGCCUUUGUUCUCUUCUACGUCAUCCCCGAGGUCUCCCAGGUGACCAAGGCCAGCCCCGAGCAGAGCUACCAGGGGGACAUGUACCCGACCCGGGGCGUGGGCUACGAGACCAUCCUCAAGGAGCAGACCGGCCAGAGCAUGUUUGUGGAGAACAAGGCCUUCUCCAUGGACGAGCCAGCCUCAGCUAAGAGACCAGUGUCCCCGUACAGCGGCUACAACGGGCAGCUGCUGACCAGCGUCUACCAGCCCACCGAGAUGACCCUGAUGCACAAGGGCCCGGCUGAGGGAGCUUACGACGUCAUCCUCCCGCGGGCCACGGCCAACAGCCAGGUGGUGGGCAGUGCCAACUCAACCCUGCGGGCCGAGGACCUGUGCGCGGCUGCCCAAGGCCACCGGGUGGCCACACCGCCCCAAGAUGGCAAGAGCUCGCAGGUCUUUAGAAACCCCUAUGUGUGGGACUGAGGUGGCGCAGCCGGGAGGAGCCCGGAGGAGCCAGAGGAGCCGGAUCCUCAGGACCCAGCCCGGGCGAGGGACCCUCCUGGAACCGGUGCCCUGUGGCUCCCUUCUCCCUUGCUGGCUGGCACAGGGCAGCUCUUGUCUGAGCCUGAGGCUCCCUGUCUGCCAACGUCUGGGUGGGUGUCCUGGGCGGCCCCACCCACUCCUCAGUAUUUGUGGAGUCGGGGAGCCAGCCCCAGCUUCAUGGCAGGGUCCCC